UCCAGUCAUCCACGCUGAUUUGCCGGAAGGCGCCUCGGCGGAAGCUGCUAUCUAGUUGAAGCCAGCCAUGGCCGCCGAGCCCCCGGCGUACUUGCUGCUCCUUCCCCUCAUCGCCAUACCGCUCAUCGUCUUCCUCGUCCUGUCCCGCCGAAGGGAUGACCAGCGGCGCUUCCCACCGGCGCCGUGGGCGCUGCCGGUCAUCGGCCACCUGCACCACCUCGCCGGCGCGCCACCGCACCGUGCCCUGCGGGACCUUGCGAGGCGCCACGGCCCGCUCAUGACGCUCCGCUUCUGCGAGCUCCGGGUCGUGGUCGCCUCGUCGCCGGACGCCGCGCGGGAGAUCUUGAGGACCCACGACGUGGACUUCGCGUCGCGGCCCAUCGGGCCGAUGCUGCAGCUCGUGUUCCGGGGCGCCGAGGGCCUCAUCUUCGCGCCCUACGGCGACGGGUGGCGGCAGCUCCGCAAGAUCUGCACCCUCGAACUCCUCAGCGCCCGCCGCGUCCACUCCUUCCGGCCCGUCCGCGAGGACGAGGUCGGCCGCCUCCUCGGCUCGGUCGCGUCCGCCGCGGCGGCGGGGUUGCCCGUGAACCUGAGUGAGAGGAUCACGGCGUUCGUCGCGGACGCAGCGGUGCGCGCCAUCAUCGGCAGCCGGAGCGAGCACCGCGACGAGUUCUUGCGCCUGCUGAUGGACGGGCUCAAGAUAAUUCCGGGAUUGAGCCUGCCGGACCUCUUCCCGUCGUCACGCCUCGCGAUGCUCGUCAGCAGCGUUCCCGGUAAAAUCGAGCGCCGCCGGAAAGGCCUCCUUGACAUCGUCGACCCCAUCAUUCUGGAGCAUCAGGAGAAGAGAGCGGCCGGUGGCAUAGACGAAGAUGAGGACUUGCUUGACGUGCUCUUGAGACUCCAGAAAGACAUGGACUCCCAGUACCCUCUCACCACCGACAACAUCAAAUCCGUCCUCAUCGACAUGUUUGGAGCAAGCAGCGAGACGUCGGCGACGACGCUGAAGUGGACAAUGGCCGAGCUGAUGCGGAACCCGGCGGUGAUGCGGAAGGCGCAAGAUGAGGUCAGGGGAGCACUCGCCGGCCACGACGAGGUGGCGGAGGACAGCCUGGUCAAUCUGCGGUACCUGCAGCUAGUCAUAAAGGAGACGCUGCGGCCUGCGGCUGCACCCGCCGGCGCCAUUGCUGCUGCCGCGGGAGUGCCGCAGCCCGUGCCAGGUGCUCGGCUACGACGUGCCUCGUGGCACCAUGGUGCUGGUGAACGCGUGGGCAAUAGGCAGGGACCCAGCGCUGUGGGACGCGCCGGAGGAUUUCGUGCCGGAAAGGUUCGAGGAGAGUGGACGAGACUUCAAGGGCAUGGAUUUUGAGUUCAUCCCGUUCGGUGCGGGAAGGAGGAUGUGCCCCGGCAUGGCGUUCGGGCUGGCGCACAUUGAGCUCGCUCUCGCGGCGUUGCUGUUUCACUUCGACUGGAAGCUACCGGAAGGGGUGGUCGCCGAGGAGAUAGACAUGGCCGAGGCGGUCGCGAUCACGGCCCCUCCGCGAUCUGAUUUAGUGGUGCUCCCUGUUACUAGGCUACCGGUGUCAAUAUAAUGUGCUUCGGCCCAAAAGCUUAUUUUCUUUCAGUAUGCUAGAAAUAGAACAACAACUUUUCUUUCGCUUUCGGCGGUUGUGAAGGUCGAAACCUUUUCCUCGUU